UAGAGAAUUUUCGCGCCAUUUUGUCGAACAAACCAACAUGGCUGCUACGAUUAGAGGGAAAAUAGUUUCAACGUUCAAAUUACAUGGCCUUUCGCUCAAAAUAGACGCAUCUAAAUUCCUCGCAGAGGUUUUAGGUUCCUUGACUGAGGUUGAGUUAGAAGAUUGGCUGGAUAAAAUUGUGGAGGGAGUCCAAAAACAACCACUAACCACUUCACUUGUCGACCGUGAUGUAGUCGAACAGGCCGUUCAAGAAUGUAGUCACACCGCUGAAGACGACAGCGAUCACGCGUUUACCUUCAUUGAUGCUUUCAGCGUGCCAAUAUUCUCGUUUAACCCUGACAGAAAAAAGUUUCUACCGCAUAACGAUGUCAGUUCUCUUCACGCACAUAACCCGAACGCCAAAUCCAUGGUGUUCCGAGAGAGGUACAGAGUACUUCAUCAACGAACCAUGAGGCAUGAAUUAUUCUCGCCGGUUGUAGAGGGAGCUAAUCAGAGUCAAGUGGCGGAGAAGUUUGCUCUCAAGCCCGUAGAAUUCCUGCUAGGGAGUACUGCAAACCUGGGACAGAUAAUUGUGCUGGGAAUGCUGACACAAAUCAAAGAGGGCAAAUAUUAUCUGGAAGAUCCUUCUGGUGUUGUGGAACUCGAUAUGCGUCAAGCCAAUUUCCACACUGGUCUGUAUACAGAGAAUUGCUUCGUGCUUGCUGAAGGAACUUACGAAGAUGGUGUAUUCCGCAUCAAAGCCUUAGGUUUUCCCCCAGCAGAGCCAGGAAAAGUGACCAGAAAUCAUUUUGGUAAUGUUAAUUUCUUCGGCGGCCCUUCCUCCACCAGUUUAAAAGCAUCAGAAAAGCUUAAGGCCAUAGAAAGAGAGAACCACAAUGCAAUGUUUGUGAUCUUGUCAGAUGUAUGGCUGGACCAGCCAAAGGUUAUGGAAAAGCUCCGAGCCUUAUUUUCAGGAUAUUCAACCAUGCCACCAGCCAUGUUCAUUCUGUGUGGAAACUUCACCUCUGAGCCAUAUGGUCCUAAACACUAUCACACUCUCAAAGCGUCAUUCCAGGCUUUUGCCAAGUUGGUGGCAGAGUUUCCACCACUGACAGAGAAUAGCCGUUUUGUGUUCAUACCUGGGCCACAAGAUCCAGGACCUGGAAACAUUCUUCCAAGACCCCCAAUCCCUAUGGUUUUCACCUCAGCCAUCACUGAAAAAAUCCCUAUGAGUGUAUUCACUUCCAACCCUUGCAGAAUCCAGUACUGUACCCAGGAGAUUGUUGUUUUCAGAGAAGACCUUGUGAACAAAAUGUGCCGCAACUCAAUCAAUCUGUCAUCAGACUUGAAAGACAUCCCUGUUCAGUUAAUGAAGACAAUCUUGGCACAGGCCCACAUUUGCCCUAUCCCACCCCAUGUCAGGCCAAUUUACUGGACUCAGGAUCACUCUCUCAGGGUGUAUCCUGUUCCAGAUCUGAUGAUUUUAGCCGACAAGUAUGAUCCAUACACCUGCUCUAGUUUAGAAUGUGUCAGUACAAAUCCCAGCUCCUUUGCAAGGAAUGAGUUUGCUUUUAAAGUGUACUGGCCUUCAACUAGGGAGAUUGAGGACUGUAAGAUCAGUGACUAAUGUUUGUUUGAGGUGAGAGUACGAUUCAGCAAAGGAAUGUUGUGUAAAGUGAAUUAGUGAUCACAAAUACUGGAAAAAAGACUGUAUUGAACACAGUGUUACAUUACUUUGUAAAUAGGAACCGUCUCACUUUGGGUGUACUUCUAUGUUUCAAUACCAAGUGGGAAAGUUCCCCAUACAGAUGCAACUGAUGUGAAGGAAUAAAUUUACUUAUU